UGGAGACACAUUCUUUGGUCAUUUCAAAUUCAACCUGUCAGUUUAUAUUAAAUAAUAGGUAGAAUAGGUUGUUGCAGUUGGAGGCCUACUGGAGUGAGAUUUCAUUCUCUCAGGCAUGUCUCCUACUCAAUAAUGUAACAGCUGAGAGUAGCCAUGUUGAAAUAAGGGCUGCCUAGUGAUCACCAUGGCAACCUUUGAGUGGCUGUUGAGGAUUCCAGGACAGGAUUCUUUUCACUUUCCUCCUUGAUGAGUUAUAGAAACCUCAAUGGGCUUCCUUUCACUGUGCCCAUUUGUGGUCCUCUCUGUCUUGCUGUCAACAGUAACUGCCUACGAGGCUUCUGAAGACAAAGAGGACAUAUUUGACAUUCGGGCCUGUCCUGCCUUCCUCGUCUUUGACAAUGCUGCCUACCUGUCAGAUAUGACGAUUGAGCUGCCAUGCCACUGCAAACCAGAGGAGGCUCACUCUGUGGUGUGGUACUACCAGAAGCAGCUGGGCUCGGGUGACAUCCGUGCGCUGACAGACUUUGAGGGCACGUCCGUCUUGGAUUCGUCCCAUGCCGCCGCAUCAGGCUCGGAGCUGCGGAGUCGGUUCUCCAUCCGCCUGUUCAGCCUAGUUGUGUUCCGGGCCCAGCAGUCGGACUCGGGCCACUACAUCUGCGGCACCGCAUCUGGACAGUUCUUCUACGGCUACGACGUGGAUGUUCAAGAGGCCACACGGAUCUCCUUUCCGUGGACCAAGAAGCGGAGAGGACCCGCUGUCAGAUCGGGCGGCAAGGUGCUCUUUCAGGUCUUCAUGAGCUUCUGGUCGUGGACAGUGUGCGACCGCUGUGGCGUCCGGGGGGAGCAAACCGGCGUGGGCCUCUGCUACGUCCAGAGCGACUAUCUGAAGGCGCGCUACCGCCUUGGAGUUGACGGCAUCACAUCAUGCGGGUCCUCCGCAGUGCCCGACACUCUGGGCCUGGAAAAGGAGAGCUAUGGUGCUGAGCUGCGGGUGAGGAGCUGCACGGUACCAUGUCCGUUAAAACCACCCAUCGUCUCAGAGCACCAAGCACUCCUAGAGUUCAUUGGCUAUGGGGAGACCGACGAGAAGGCCACCAUUCCCAUCUACUAUCACAACCACCCCGUGGACACCUCUCUCAUCCUGUCCUGCCCCGGGGCCCGGCCGGAGCACGCCGUAGCCUGGGACAGAGGCGCCGUGCCUCUCUACCGCACCCAGUACAUGGAGGGCCAGAACCAGAGCGCUCGAAUCUUCAUAGACACAGGCCACCACCUGCACUUUCAGCCUGUGCGGCAGGAGGAUGGUGGCACCUACUACUGCUGGCUUCAGGGGAAGUACGCUGCAGAGAUCAGGCUGCUGGUGUACGUGCAGCUGGGUCACAAGCGCACCGUGUCCGACCCCGAGUCCAUUUAUGCCAUGAAAAUCGUCCUCAUAUGCUACGCGGUGUUCACGGCAGUGUUCUUCCUCAUGGUGUUUGGGCAGCAUUUCUGGAGGACGCUGAAAAUCAGGAGGGUUGUCCGAUAGUUUUUUGUUUUUAUUUUAUUCAUAUGCAGAAGUGGUUCAAUUUACCAGCAUCCAUUGGUUUUAUUUUUAUUGAAAGAAAUAAACAUCUUUUGUAACUUUU